AUGGCGGUACCUUUUGUGCUGACGCCCAAUGAGGUAGCUACAGAAUUGAGGAGCGACUUGCCCCGUGGCCUUUCCACACCCCAGGCGGCGGAGCGUUUGUUGCGGCACGGGCGGAAUGAGUUGCCGAGUGGGAAGCAGAAGACAUUGCGGGAGUUGAUACUGGAGCAGUUUGAUGAUCUGUUGGUGCGCAUAUUGUUGGCAGCGGCGGUGAUAAGUUUUGUAUUGGCGUUUGCGGAGGGCGAGGGGGGCGUAUCCGCGUUCGUUGAGCCGUUGGUUAUAUUGUUGAUAUUGAUAGCGAAUGCUGCGGUUAGUAUUAGUCAGGAGACUAAGGCGGAGAAGUCUUUGGAGGCAUUGAAGCGUUUGCAGCCGGCGCAUUGUCGUGUAGUUCGUAAUGGUGUAUGGCAGACAAUUGAGUCCGCUGAGUUGGUAGUAGGUGAUGUGAUAUCCGUACGUUCUGGAGAUAAGGUGCCUGCAGAUUGCCGGCUGGUGGAGAUUUGUAGUACUACGCUUAAGGCGGAGGAGAGUCAGCUUACAGGCGAGAGUGCCUCUGUGACUAAGGCGACCGAACCGCUACGAUUAGGAGCACCGCAGCAGAUUCAGUAUCAACAUUGCAUGUUGUUCAGCGGUACCAGUAUUGUGCAUGGUCAUGCCAUAGCCAUUGUUACGGCGACGGGAAUUGAAACGGAAGUUGGCAAGAUCCAUGCAGCCGUCGAAGAAGCAGGCGAGGAGGAUAAGCAGAGUCCACUGCAGCGUAAGCUAGAUGAGUUCAGUCGACAACUUUCCAUUAUCAUCGGACUCAUCUGUAUCUUCGUGUGGCUCAUCAAUAUCAACCACUUCCGUCUGCCGUGCCAUGGCCACUGGAUUAACGGUAGUAUCUACUACUUCAAAAUCGCUGUUGCACUCGCUGUCGCCGCCAUCCCCGAAGGACUACCGGCCGUCAUUACGACCUGUCUUGCACUAGGUACGAAACGCAUGGCUAAAAGAAAUGCGAUUGUGCGCAAAUUACAGUCCGUUGAAACGCUCGGCUGCACCACCGUCAUCUGCAGCGACAAGACUGGUACGCUGACGGAAAACCUGAUGACCGUGACGAGGCUCAUCAUGCCACUUUCCGGCACCGAGUUACAGGAUUACGAAAUUGAAAAUGGUGGUCUGACUCCAGAGGGUGCCAUUUACAAAGUACUAAAUGCGGCGUCUGCCUCGCCGGAAGAGUUUGUAGAAUUUCGCCACGUCCGCAGCAAAGACGUCUCGCUGCAGUACCUGUUGCGCGUCUGCGCGAUGUGUCAAGACAGUUACCUUUUUCGUAAUCCCGAUGGUACCUAUGACAAGUCCGGAGAGCCGACAGAGGUAGCGCUCAAGGUCAUGGUGGAAAAGUUCGGCUGUCCGAACGAGAAGGUCAAUGCUCAUAACUUGCAACGCUCUAUGCGCGCAGACGCAGAGAUAUUCUGCAAGUAUUGGAGUCGCGAAGCCAAGAAGGCAACCACCUUCGAAUUCACGCGCGAACGUCGGAGCAUGAGCGUGCACGUAACCUGUCCCGACUCCAGCAGCAUGCUACUCGUCAAGGGCGCUCCCGAAGGUAUUGUUGAACGUUCGACGGCAAUCAUGGAACCCGACGGCACUAUCAGCGUCUUCACAGACGCUCUCAAGCGCAAGGUUUUAGCACGCGUUGAGGGACUCGCUACACACGCUCUGCGCACACUCGCCAUGGCCGUCAAAAUCAAUCCCAUUAUACCUCCCGGCAACAUCGAGCCGGCUGAGUUCAUUUUACUCGAAAGCGAACUCAUCUUCCUCGGCGUUGUCGGCAUGCUGGACCCGCCCCGCAAGGCGGUCAAGGACGCCGUGUUGCGCUGCCGUCGCGCAGGCAUCCGGGUUAUCAUGGUUACCGGCGAUAAUAAGUACACUGCUGAAGCAAUCGCACUAAAGUGCGGCAUCUCCACGGACCGCUACAAUGCCAAUAUUCGCAACGGCGAAAAGCUGCUCGAACGAGGCCUCACCUGCGCAGGACCGGCCGGUCGUGCUUCACCACCCAUUUCACGCGCCUCCACCGCCGUCGGCGGCCAAGGAGGUAAUAUUCACGGGAAUGGUGGUAAUGCCGGUGUGGGGGAGUCGGGGUUCUACAGUGGCCCGAGUUCAGUAACUGGUGCGGAGUUUGAGCGCAUGAGUGAGGCGGCACAGGCGGCUCUGUUGUCGCGACCGGAUGGAUGCAUUCUGUGUCGGAUGGAGCCGCGACUGAAGCAGGACGUGGUGAAGAGGUUGCGUGCAGCGGGUGAGGUGGUGGCCAUGACCGGAGACGGAGUGAACGAUGCGCCGGCUUUGAAGCAAGCGGACAUCGGGAUCGCAAUGGGUUUGACUGGGACGGACGUAGCGAAGGAGGCUAGUGCAAUGAUACUAAGUGACGACAACUUUCGGACGAUUGUCGCUGCGGUGGAGGAGGGUCGUAGUAUUUAUUCGAACAUGAAAGCGUUUAUCCGAUAUCUUAUUUCGAGUAACAUCGGCGAAGUUGCCUCGAUCUUCCUUACCGCAGCCAUUGGCGUACCUGAGGGUUUCGCACCCAUCCAGCUGCUGUGGGUUAAUCUUGUCACCGAUGGACCGCCUGCCACCGCACUCGGUUUCAACCCACCCGACCUCGACGUCAUGGCCAAGCCACCUCGGAAGGCCUCGGACAAACUUAUCACCGUUCGUGUGCUCAUCCGCUACUGCGCUAUCGGAGCCUAUGUAGGACUCGCCACCGUCGGGGUCUUUAUUUACUACUUCCUCUUCGAUGCGAAUAAUGCUGACGGACACUCGCUCGUGUCCUGGCAUCAGCUAACACAUUUCAACCACUGCACCGAAUGGACCGACUUUACUGUAACUCCCGUUUACGGCAUGGCCCGGGCCCCGAGUAGUAAUGGCAUCGCGGCCGAUACCGAUGUCAUGCCCGAUGGUGGUAUUGCGGCUAACCCAUGCGAGUUCUUCUCUCAAGGCAAAAUUAAGGCUUGUUCGCUAUCGCUCACUGUUCUGGUCGCAAUUGAGAUGCUAAAUGCCUUCAACGCCAUCUCCGAGUCCUUCUCGCUCCUACAACGCCCACCCUGGACCAAUCCCUCCCUUUGCUGGGCCGUCCUUUCCUCUAUACUCCUUCAUUGUCUUAUCCUCUAUGUCCCCUUUCUCGCAGACAUCUUCAGCGUCACACCGCUUGACAUACAUGACUGGCGACUCGUCCUCCUCUUCUCCGCACCGGUCAUCCUCGUUGACGAACUCAUCAAACUUCUCACCCGCUCCGCAAACCCACUCUAUCCCAUCUACCAACUCAUCUAUCGAAUCAAAGCCAAAACGAAGCACUGA